CCAGAAUCAGAAACAAGUUUGAUCGGAAUCGCACUGAAUCAACAUAACUUCCCGUGAAAACAAAAAAUUCCCCGGAAAAACGCUGCCGGAGUGUCCAUCGGCCGUCACAAAUAGCGAGAAACUCAUCGUGGUAUUGUUGUGAGAUUUUCCACUUCCUGAUUUUGCAGAAAUUGCUAUCAACGAAGGGUUCUCGACUAAUGGCUAAAACAAAUAAGAAGCGCACAGGAAAAUCUCCUGGUAAAAGAAAUGAUACUUCACAUUGCCUUGUGGAUCCUCCGGCCUGUGAUAAUCGGAAUGAGGAUGAUGAUUGGGUUAUAGUUAAAAAGCAGAGAGUCAUCAUUAUGGUUCCGGCUGCACCUCUUAGCGAAAGAUCCUCAACAGAAAACGAAGAGCCGAAUCACAUGCACCCUAUGCCUCCUGUAACGUCAAGUAACCAGGAGGAACUUCCCACGGAGACUGGUAAUGAAAAUCCUUCUUGUAAUGAACAAGAGAAGACUGUUUCAUUGGCUGGCCAAGCAGAGAUUCAUACUGUGACAAAAGCUCUUCCUCCCUUAAUACCUAAAUCACCUUCAGCCAAUUCACCACGGGUAGAUCAAAGAGUAGAGUCAGAAAAUCCACACCAAGUCAGUAGUUUGAAGUCCCACAAAUUAGUUGGAUUAUCUAAUACAUCAAAGGCUAUCAAGCAGCCCAGAACAUUACCCGCACCAAGAAGUUCCUCCAACUUGGCCACUUUGAAUCGAGGUUUGAGAGCAUCAAAUCUCGAGAGAAAGCUCGGAAGAGCUGGUGGGUUGAACGAGUGGCUGACAUCACUUGGACUGGAUCAGUUUGUGAGAAUGUUUCAGGGGAAGAUUAUCAGUAAGUAUCAGCUUGUGAAUCUAACCAUGAAAAAACUGAAGGAUAUGGGUGCCAAUGCAGUGGGACCUCGCAGGAAGCUGAUCCACGCCAUGGACUGUGUUUGCCAGCCAUAUUGCUUUGAGGCGUUAUAGAGGUUUGUUGGAUGUUGAACUUAUAUUCACAGCAUUCCUCAACAUGGUACGGUAAAAAUGGAAAACUUGGUUUUUGGGUGAUCAUAGCACUUGAGCCUCAAAUAGUGUUUGAAGAGAUUUAUUCUCUUGUAUAUACUUAUGAAUUACAAGCAAGUGCAGUCUAAAUGAGUGAAGAAGUGAGAUUCACUGAGAUAUUGUAUUUGGUUGAGAUGUAGAAAAGUAACUCUUUGUUUGUUUGGUUCACAGAGUGAGGUGAGGGUAGAGAUUUUAGUGAAAGAAAAAAGUAUGAAUGGUAUGAAAACGUAUUUCCUUGAUAAUAUGCCUCACUUUAACAUUGUUGACUUUAA